GAGGAUACUUGACAAACUCAGUAAUAGACUAUAUUACAAAAUAUGAGGAUUAUAUAUCAAAAUAUAAAAUUGAAAAACUUAAAAAGGUUAAAAUUGAAGAAAAGUAUUUUGAACCAUAUAAAAAACCAUUUGCUGAAGUUCAUUAUGGUGGUAUAUUAAAUAAUGAAGAUUUGCCAAAAAAGCAAAUCGAUUUAGAAUUAUAUUUAAAAUAUCAUGAAAAUUUAGAUUUUCUAGAUCUUUUUUAUGAUUCAAGUGAAUUCCAAUCACAUUGUAUUUGUAAAGGAAAAUUUAUUAGUGAAAAUUAUAAUUUAUAUUUAAAAUUACUCUUAUAUUAUCAACAAAAUGAUAUGUUAGAUUGUAAUAAUUAUAUUGCUAAUAUAAACAAAAGACAAAAGCCA